ACUUGUGAAACAUAGCCAUAUAAUAAAUAUUUGUAAUGGUGGAAUGAAGGAUGUAAAAGCAGUUUAACAGGCCAUAUGACAUACAGGUACAACGAGGCGGCCUGGGAACCACGAUGAAAAUUUUAAACCUUUGCUUGUUGAUUAUUCUACUGAUGGCGGAUGCCUGUUGGAGUGGUCAUGUUAAUUGCCGAAUGGCAAAUUGGUGGACUUCAUUUGACUACAAGGGAUGGUCCCAAUGUGACUCAAAGGAGUACGUGACCGGUUUUAUGAGGAAUCACAGGACUCGUUCUGACCCCAUUGGCCUGCUGGAAGAGGGAAGGUGUUGUAAGGCUCUUGCGCCAUAUCAGGACACAUCAUCAACUUGCGAAUAUACCGACUGGUGGGCAGCGUUGGACGGAAACUACGACUGGGCUUAUUGUAGAAAUGGCUACUUUGUCCAAGAUCUUUACCGGAGCAGUGGUCAUGGCGUAUCUAACAUCGAAGCGGCUUACUGCUGUAAACCAAGCACACUUAAUGGAUAUGGAAAUUGCUAUACAGAGGAUGUAUGGAGUUCCUUUGACAAAAGAGGAAUCGAAGGUUGCAGGGACGGUUACUAUUUGGUGGGAAUUUACAAAGGAGGCUGUAACCGUCUUCACUGUAUCGAAAAGUUUAAAUGUUGCGAGAUGGGCGUAUAGGUGAGGAUCAAUACCAGAAACAUCAAUUUAAGAAGAGUAAUUGCGAU